AUCACAUAGGUGAUUACUUUGUUUUUCUCCCGCGAUUUCAGUUUAGUGCGUAGUUUAUUCUUUUUAAUGUUGACAGUUGCAGUUACACCUGAGGAAAUGCAAGUCGAGAUCGCAGAGCAACACUAGUGUGGUACCGAUUCAUAUUUCAUACACGCUAUGCUUAAGUUUUUGUCAAAAAUGAAGAAUGGAGAACCAGGUGCUUCCCUAGAGGGGAUUUCAGUUGUCAUUCCGACAUAUAACGAAACCGAAAACGUGGUCCCACUAUGCGAGCGUCUGUUCGCAUCGCUGCGCAAGGAUCUUCCCCAGCAUCCGACUGAGUUACUGCUGGUCGACGACGAGUCAGCGGGCUCGGACGAAACGGAGCGACUAGUACGGGGAUUGGCUUCGAAAGGGUUCCCGAUCCGAAUGCACAGGCGGUACAAGAAGGAAGGGCGAGGGCUAUCAUCGGCCGUCAUGCUGGGUUUUGCGCAGGCGAAAUACGAGAUCCUACUGUGUAAGAGAUGCCCACACUAUAACUUUCACCUAUCACGAGUACCAGGAAGGUUUAGAUGUAGAUGAGAUACGAUAGUAGUCAAGUCUCAAUCGAUGCAUAUCAAGGAUGUCACACUAACGUUAGAUUGUUGUCCCACUCCCACAGCAAUGGACGCAGACCUGCAGCAUGAACCCGAAGCCGUUCCAGCAGUAGCAGCGCCCGUAAUGAACCAAGAUGCAGAGUUCACGGUUGGCUGUCGGUAUACAUCAGGGGGAGGCAUUGCGUUCAACUGGAGCCUAAAGAGACAAAUUUUGAGUACGUUUCUGUUUACUAGGAACAGAUUGGAGGACACUGACUGCUGGAUUGACGUUGUAUUGCUGACUAAUUAACAUUGUAAGCUUACUGGCGCACGGAAACGGAUCAUCCAAAAAUAAUUCCUUUGGUCCAUCAGCUUGGAAUCAUGUCCAGCUCCGAAUCAUAUCUAGGUCUCGGCGCGACAUGCCUAGCAUGGGGAUUGUGCUCAUCACGAGACCCAAUGAGCGGCUUCUUCUGCACACGGAAGAGCAUACUGAAGCGCGGUGACGGUAAAAUAAGCCCGAUAGGUUUCAAGAUAGGCCUCGAAAUUAUGGCAAGGUGCGGGUGCAAGGUGCAGGAUGUUCCGAUCAUGUUCCAAGAGCGGUUGCACGGGGAAUCGAAACUUUAUGGCUUGGAGAUUUGCAGGAGAAACUAAUAAUCAUUUAGAUCCGACUGCAGUCUGAUGAACUUGGAGACUUGCAGGAUAAGCGAGUAAUUGUUUAGAAUCGAGGACUGCAAAGUUUCACGGCUUCAUUUUACAUCUGCGAAGCAGAACAUCGAGUAUAUCCAGCAGCUUCUUGGCCUGUACUGGGAUGGCUACAAAGGCCUCGUCGUCUUUAUGAUUCUAUCAAUUCUCCUUCUUGUUGCCGUGGUCAUGCGUUUCGUCUCUUCGAUGCUUUAG